AUGUCUACAGAUUUGUCGGAUGUUGCUGUAUUUAGCCACGACAAUUGCAUUGUUUUAUCCCAGUUAGAUAGCUUGGAAUUUGGUGUUUUCAAACUCGACGCUUCCGAGUCACACGAACGUCGCAAACUACUAGAAAAGGCAGUCGACUAUUUUGAUGGUAUAAUCUCUCAGACUGUGCUAGAGAUUGAAGAAGAACGUGCCGUAGAGGAAAGUGAAACCCUUACUAAAGUUGAAGCAGGUAUCUUAGAGGGGAAUUCAAACGCAGUACGAUACAAGAUAUAUGAAAAGUAUGCAGCACGUCUUGAAAAGCUUAUUGAACCACACAUUUAUCUGUAUCUUGGACAUUUCCAGCUCUUACUUAAUCGCUUUGAUGAUGCACUGUCUGCUUAUCUUAAGUUUGAAUCCCUUUGUCCAAAACAAUCUUCAGUCAAUUGUGCCUUUCUUUAUGGCUUAGGCCUAUGUUGUUUCCGUUUCAACGCCUUCAGCAGGACUAUUAAACUUUUCCAACAAAUUUUAUAUCUUGAACCUUGGUUUCCAAAGUGCAAAGAGAUACAUAUUCGUCUUGGUUAUAUUUAUAAAGUUCAGAACAAUUUUGAGCGGAGCUUAAGACACUUCCGACAAGCGCUAAACGAUUCUACACCUGGCACAUUUAGCCGAGUUGAAUAUACUGAGAAAAGUGGUGCUCCGUCACACAUUCGACAUCUGUGUCUGCGACAGUUAGCUUGGCUUCAUCACACAGGAGCUUUCGGAGCGAAAGCUGAAUCACCUAAUGAGAAGAGUUUAGACGUUCAGUGGCUGCAGAGUGCUCUAGAAUUAGAUAACUCAGAUGGUAAGACGUGGUACCUACUAGGUCGUUGCCAGGCCACCCUAAAUCAUGUUCAAGAGGCUUUCGCUGCUUACAGAAGUUCUAUAGACAGAACGGAGGCCAGUGCUGAUACCUGGUGUUCCAUUGGUGUGCUGUACCAAGAGCAAAGUCAGCCAAUGGACGCCCUUCAAGCCUAUUUCUGUGCUGUACAACUUGAUAAAUGUCAUGUUGCAACUUGGGCUAAUCUCGGCACAUUGUACGAAAGUAUGCAACAGUACAAAGAAGCUUUAAAAUGUUAUCAAAAUGCAGUAAAUGCUGACAAAAAUAAUGAGGUUCGUCCAGAGAUUCGUUCUCGUUUGGCUGUGUUACAACAGUUGGUCCCGAAACUAUCUGAGAAAAUAAUCGGAGGUCCCUUCAAUGGUCCUAGCAACAAUGGAGUGACAUCUAAUCAAAGCGGUAAUGGUCCUGGCCCAGGUUGUGGUGGGAUAACGAAAUUACCAACAGUCGACGAGGCAUGGAGCUUACCUAUACCGGCUGAACUUACUCAGCGUCAACUUCAGUUAAUGUUACAGGAAGCAGCUGCCAAUGAUGCUGGAAGUGGUCAUCAUAAGCGCUCUGAAAGACACCUGGCGGGUCUUUUGCUAACCCCGUCUUCAAAAUUAGCCUUAAGAAAACGCAGUAGUUGGCGACAAUCUGGAUUCAAUGGUUCGUCUAAAACUGAAGAAACAGAUGAUUGCGGUGCAUCUGUCUCUAAAAAGUCUCGUCAUAGUGAUCCAUCCUCGUCAACACCCAUCCAACCUUUAACCAACCAACAACUGCAGUUAUUGCAUUCCCUACAGGCUCAAGGUAGUUGCUUAAACGCUUCACAACGUCAAAUGCUUAACGACUUGCAGUGUCAAGCACUAAGAUAUCAUCACUACAAGCUUAUACAAAAUCAGAAUCUUUCAAAAAUUUGUAAGUCUGGUAGCGAUUUUACGGAUGAGGCUGCUUCGACAUCUGGUUCAGCCGGACCAUUCCAUGGGGAUACUACCGGUACAACGGGUAGUUCCAGUGCUGAUCGCAAUCCAUCCAGUGUAACGGGUGCAGAUACAGUUGAUUUAUUUCCCACUGAAGAUGAUGAUUUGACUGCAGUGGUUGACAGUCCUGGGUCUGGUCAUUUGCCUGAAGAAGACUUGGGAUUUUUAACAGAUGAUCUACUGGCGCAAUUGAAUGGGUCUGAAGCAGCUGCUGGAUUAGACCUUGUUGAGCUAGCCUUAUUUACGACUACCUCAAGUGCUGGUGAUCAGCGACCUGCAAGUAAUAACAACCAGGGUUUAAUGGAUGAGAAAUCCAGUCAGCCCAAAUGCGACGAUUCUUCUACGGCCAGUUCAACUACUUCUGCAGCAGCUAACGCACCACGGACUAUCGAUUUAGAUACAUCUAAGAAAGAGGAAAUGGAUAUGAAAAAUUGUCUGACUCAGGAACUUGGCGUUGACCCUCUUAUCAAUUCUGUAGACAACUCGUCUUCAGAUCCCGUAGAUUUACAUGCUUUCCUAACCAAGCCAUUGAAUCCGCCAUCUAGCGUAACUGCAGCUUUACACGUCAAUAUGUCUUCUUCUCAAGUCCUAUCUUCACUGCGUGGUCUCGGACGUUCCGGUGGACCUUGGUGGCCGGGUUUACUUCCAGAAGGGAGUCCGAUUCCAAAACCCCCAGCAAAACCUUAUCCACCUCCCCCUAAAGAUAAGCUGUUGCCCCCUACACCAAGUGUAUAUUUAGAAAACCGAAACGACGCUCAUUCACCGGAACUAAUGCGCUAUUGUUUCACGCAACCGGUUGUUGUAAUACGUGGUUUGGCUGCUGCUCUUCGCUUAGAUUUGGGUCUAUUUUCCACUAAAUCUUUGGUGGAAUCGAAUCCAGAACACCGAGUUGAGGUUCGAACUCAACGUCUUCAACCACCUGACCAAAAUCUUGACUCUCAAGGACGUACUGCCGCUUCAUUUAUCGAGGCAAUAAGAGAAGAAAAAGUUAUGACUUUCUCUGGCAGCAUACCAACCACUUCGACUCCAACUUCAAACGCAGUAUCUAACUUGUCAGCAGAUCUGAAGUCUUCUGCAGGUAACCUAACAAAUGUCAUGCCAGGAAGUGGACGGAAAAACGCAUCUCAAUGGACGAGUGAAUCAACAAAUUCAGAAUCCAAUCCAAGUGGAGUAAACCAUCCUCAACAUAUAGGUGUUAAAUUUCCUGUUGAUGAAAACCAGUCCGUAUCACAACAACAAAAUGCAGGACGUUCUAAACUGAUACGAUUUGGUACUAAUUGUGACCUUUCAGAUCAGAAAAAAUGGUUACCUCAACUGCAUGAACUGACAAAAUUGCCAAUUUUCGUACGCGUUGUUAGUGCUUUCAGCAUGCUUAGUCAUGUGGGUUACCCUCUCCUAGGAUUGAACACAGUUCAACUCUAUCUGAAAGUUCCUGGCUCCCGUACUCCAGGUCAUCAAGAAAAUAACAAUUUUUGUGCUGUUAACAUGAAUAUCGGUCCAGGUGAUUGUGAAUGGUUCGCUGUGCCGGAACAGUAUUGGGGUGCUAUCCAUGAUUUAUGUGAAAAGAAUAAUGUGGAUUAUUUGACUGGUUCUUGGUGGCCAGAUUUAGAGACAUUGUACAAAGAAGAAAUCCCAGUGUACAGGUUCAUCCAGCGACCUGGUGACUUGGUAUGGAUCAAUGCAGGUACAGUUCAUUGGGUACAGGCAAUUGGUUGGUGUAAUAAUAUUGCAUGGAAUGUGGGAAGUAUGACUGCUCGACAAUAUCAGCUAGCUGUUGAACGGUAUGAAUUUAACCGUUUGCGUGGAGUAAAAUCUGUUGUUCCUGUGACACAUCUCAGCUGGCAGUUGGCUAAAAAUAUCAAAAUCUCGGAUUCUGGAUUGUUUGAGUUAAUCAAACAUACACUGCUUCGUAGUCUUGUUCAGUCUCAGUUGACUACUGACUUUCUGGAGAAAAUGGGUUUAACUAUUAAACAUCAUGGAAAGAGACCUGAUGACAUUGCUCAUUCCUGUCAUGACUGUGAGAUUGAAGUCUUCAACCUUCUAUUCGUACUAUCACAAGAUAAGAAAUUGGUUGUUAGAUGUCUAGACUGUUCACGUCGUAUGGAUCCCAGUUUGAAAACAUUCAUUAUUUUAUCGGAGUACUACAUGCAUGAAUUGGCUGAAAUAUAUGAUAAAUUUCAGCUUCAGACUCAACCCAUUACUGCUUAUCCAGUCGGAAAAUCUUGA